AUGCUUCGGAAAGCCUUUGGACAGCUUCUGAGGCCUUCUGAAAAACAUGAGAAUGGCACGCCCACUGUUUUCCAAAUAGCACACCCUGAUGCUUCAGAAGCUUUCCAAAGGCUUUCCGAAGCAUUGCGAGAACAGAGCAUGCUAUUUGGAGAUAGGCUAAAGAUUCAAGAACAAGUUACUGCUUCUGAGGAUCUAGAAAAAGAGAAAAAUGAAAAUGCAAAUCUGAAGCAGCAAUUGCAUGAUCUGCAGUUUCGAGUGGCUUCACUUUCACAGUCAGAGAAUGACUUAUUGGAUUCCAAUCAGAAACUCAAAGAAACACUGGAGAGAUUAAAACAUGAAUGUCGGAAUGCACGAAGUCAAGCAGAAAGAGCUCAGUCAGAUUCAGAGAAGAAUUUGGAAGACAAACAGGUAAAGUGGCUUGAAGAAAAACAUAAACUUAUUCAGCACAACACAGAGAUAGAAGAGAAGUAUAAAGUGACAAAAGAGAAAUUGUAUCGAGCAGCAGUUGCUCAGAAAAAGAGAAAGACACUUAAUGACAACAAGCAAAAGAAAUUACUGAAUAAGAUAGAGCUCUUAGAAGCCAAGAGAGAAGAACUAGAAACAGAAAACCAGGUGUUAAACAGGCAAAAUAUUCCUUUUGAAGAACACCUCCGCCUUCAAAAAAGACUAAAAGAUCUGCAGCGGAGACAUAAUGAGUUCCGUAGAUUGAUCCUUUUUCCCAACAUCCCAAUACUGAACCCAACUAACUUACUAUCUUCACCUUUGGUUCCUGGACCAGAAGUAUCCUUCCCUCUCCUUCAAGAGGAGCAGCAUCAAAGAGAACUUUCUCUGCUUCGCAAGCGCCUGGAAGAAUUAGAGACUACACAGAGAAACCAAUUGCGAGAACUUGGUGCUUCUACUGAACGACCUCACUCGGAAAUAAGUACUGAAUCAGAGAGGAAUAAGCUUGUUGAACAAUGUGAUCUAUCAUCUGGAGAUGCCAAAUAAACCAUCAAAUACUUUUCAUCUUUUGCCAAAAAUCCAUCUAAAAGUGCCGUGGAAUAAGUAAA